AUGGCGCCACGGAACGAUGCCACGGCCGUGUCGGAUGAGCUAAAUCUGCUGCCUGACGACCACAUGGCACCCCUCGCCGAGGACAAGGUGGUCCCGACACGUCUUGUCUGGCGGAACAUCAUCUUGAUGACCUACCUGCACGUCAGCUGCCUGUAUGGCAUCUACCUCUGCUUCUACUGCCACUGGCAGACACUCGUCUUUGCGUAUGUGAUGUACGUCGGUGGUGGUAUAGGUAUCACUGCUGGCGCCCACAGGCUCUGGUCGCACCGUGCCUACAAGGCAAAAUGGCCGCUGCGCGUCUUCCUGGCCUUCUGGAACACAGUCGCCUUCCAGGUAAACAACAGAGCAUUUGUUAAUGUGCGAGUCGAGGUUUUAGCGCGCAUGUCGAGGAAAAAUAUGAAGGACUCUACCAUCAGCAUUUUAAAAGGCUUGCCACAGCACACUCAGACAAUAUACUCCAGAGCAAACUCCAUCACAGGUUACUCAGCAACUAUCUGUAGUAUCGUAAAUAGGUAUUACCUCCCACUUAUGGUGCUCUGCUGCUUUGUGUUGCCGACUGCUGUGCCGACCCUGUGGGGAGAGAGUGUCUGGAAUGCGUACAUCGUCUGCGGACUUCUGCGCUACGGCGUGACGCUGAACGCCACCUGGCUGGUGAACAGUGCCGCGCACAUGUGGGGCAACAAACCAUAUGACAAGAAGAUCUCGCCGACGGAGAGCUUCAUGACGGUGAUGCUGGCUGCGGGUGAGGGCUUCCACAACUACCACCACACGUUCCCGCACGACUACGCGACGUCCGAGUUUGGCAAGAUGAAGAUCUCGCCGACGGAGAGCUUCAUGACGGUGAUGCUGGCUGCGGGUGAGGGCUUCCACAACUACCACCACACGUUCCCGCACGACUACGCGACGUCCGAGUUUGGCAAGAUGUUCAACGUGACGACGACGUUCCUCGACCUGAUGGCGCGCCUCGGCCUCGCCUACAACCUGAAGACGGUGCCGCGCGAGCUCGUGCAGCGGCGACGCGAUCGCACGGGCGACGGCACGAUGCGCACCUUCGGCCUGCUCAAGUAGAGCGUCGCUCAGCAGGGGGCGCUAGUGGACGAGCGGCGACGCGAAGGCUGCGUUAUUAGCGGGGUGGUCAGUGAGGUGGUAGGAGGCAAUAGUAGAGGAGCAGUGAGGUGUGAAAGGCCCUAGUAGAGUGUAGGCUGGUGAGGUGUAGGGGGCGCUAGUAGAUGGGAAGACGGUGAUUUAGGCACUAGUAGAGGCGAGUUCAGUGAGAUGUAGGGGGCGCUAGUAGAGGAGUGGUCAGUGAGAUGUAGGGGGCGCUAGUAGAGGAGCGGUCAGUGAGAUGUAGGGGGCGCUAGUAGAGGAGUGGUCAGUGAGAUGUAGGGGGCGCUAGUAGAGGAGCGGUCAGUGAGAUGUAGAGGGGUGCUACAGAUGUCUGAAGAAGAGUAGUUAUCGAGGUAUAGGGGCUGGUAGAGAUGUCUAAAGUUGAAGGUGUAGGAAGUGGGGCAUGAGGCCAUGCAUGACUUAAGUAGAAGGAUGCUUGGUGAGGCCAGAGUAAGCAUAAUUACAAUACUCUACAUUACUCGGUGUGGAGGGGUGUAAGCAUAUUAACCUCUACACAUUGGGUGGAGGGCUGUGUUAGCAUAUUAACCUUUGAACGUUGGGUGGAUGAGAGUGUAUGCAUGAUAACCUUUAAAUAUUUGAUAGAUGGGUGUGUAAGCAUAUUAAUCUCUAAACAAGUCCAAACUUUUUUAUAUGUUAUUUAUAAUGCUUAUCAGUGCAACCUCAGCCCCAGGACCUUGAUGGAAUCGCAACAACUUUGGUUAGCCCGCAUCGUUUGAAAACUCGCUGGUGAUUAAUCGACCUGGUGCCUGAAAAUUUGAUGGAUGAUUGUGUUAGGAUACGUCUGCAGUCUGCACAUUGGGUAGGGGUGUAAGCACAUUAUCCUCUGCACAUUGGGUGGAGGGGUGUGGUGUGUUAGCAUAGCAACCUCUACACAUUGAGCAGGAAAACGCAACCCUAAUUACCCAAACCCGCCUGCGUGUUGGGGUGGAGCGGGGAGCAGGUAGCCCCCUCGUAACGUGUGAACCAAUCCUACGUGUGUGGCGGGGUGAGGGGCAGCGCGAGGACUGCCCGCUCACGUCGCGUAUAUAGUUGCCCGUGCAAGAAUCACGCGCUAUAUAAUACGUACACCAUCUUAUCGUAAUGGUUUCCCAUGCAAUGAUUGAGACAUGAUUGAUCUGUUGCAAAGAAUGCUGUCUUGUGUAUUUAGGUGUGAUUUGGAACCUAGAUGUUACCUGUUGAAGAUUCUGAUUAGAGAUGGAGGUCACUCGUAGUUCCUGAUAUUUUUUCUCGGUGUAAUACAUGUAUCGUGUUAUCGCUGCAGCUUGUGUAAUCUUUGACCGAGUUAUGUUUAUUUGUACCUUGUUCUAUGUUUUAGUUGAGUUCUAGGUCUUUGGACCUUGAAAUGCGUGUUUGUUUCGUAUGCAAUUAUGCCCUAGGCUUUUUUUCGAUUAGUAAUUUUAUAUUUUCUAUCUUUGAUGUUGUUUGUUUGUUCUUCUCUUUGCGAACUGUUUACGUCACUGUUUAGCUGUGGUGACAUCACCAGCCUUGGCGUCGAAGACUAUUGACAUUGUGAGAAGUUGUGUUGAGAGUUUGUGAGAAAUUGAAAGUGGCAAAAACGUAUUUUUUGCUGGAAAUAUAUAAUUAUAAUAGAAUUUUUCGUGAAUAAUGCCUUUUAUAGGCCGGUAAUAAUUUAUUUUUGUACGCGGAUGUUUGUCUGGCUCGUUGUUGUUGAUGUUGUUGUUUCAGCUGCAGCUGCUGCUGUUUAUUGUAGAAUGCAUUCCAGUGAUAUCUCAUCGAAUGCGAGCUUAGUUGUUAUAUGGACGACACCGGUGUAAAAGCACAGACGGAGGAAACAAGUAGUUAACGUGUCGGCUUGGUGUCGUUAAGGCGACGCAUAUUUACGUGAUGUCAGCGUAUGAACGAUAUUGAAAGCGUUUCUCCACGUAUAGUAGUAACUAUAUUGCUUCCCGGUUUACGAAUGAACCGUGUAUGAUGAGUGUAUCAUUCGGUUUAUAGGCGCGCCAUCUAUCGACGACGAUAUUACUCAACACGCAGUGAUUCUUAUCCCUGCGAAAGCAAGCCGUCACAAGCGGACAGGCGGCCAAGAAAGAGUGCCCUGCUUUUAACUACUCUAACGCUGCGCUCUUAAACAAGUUGAGCCGAAUUUAUUCGUUAUCGUGAUAUUUUUUAUUGAUUUGUUAUUGAGCGGGUUUUGGAUAUUUGCUGUUUAAUAUUGUUUUUCGCGCAUUGAGAUUACAAGAGCUGCAGUUGACUGUCACGUUGCUUUCAGCGCAGUAUGGUGAUGGUGUUUUCCAGAAUAAACCCAACCGUCAAGUGCAACAAACAAA